AUGCAUCCGCCAAAGGGAACCAAUGACGACAUCGGAGAGAGUAGACAAGACGUCGUUCUCAAUCAGCAGAAAGUAUCGAGCGAUAUGGGGGAGAGGAAAUCCAUCUCGGAUGCAAAGAACAUACAACGGACCGAUGGCAUCUCAGUCAGCGAGGACAAGGCACACCAACCCGGCAAUCAUGAAGAAAAAGAUCCACCCCCAAAAGGCCCCACGAACGGCGGCCUGGUUGAUACGGUGGACAAGACGGCAUCGGGGACGGCAGCAUCCAUGAUUAGCAGACUCACGUGGAUCCCCAAGCGAUGUCGCUAUGAUCCAGAUAAUCCUCCCCAGUUUUCAUUACCCAUGAACAUGUUGAUGGGAUUGGCCGGGACCUUUACUGUUGCCAACCUUUACUACCCACAACCGAUCUUGAAUAUUCUGGCCCACGACUUCAAUGUUAGCUUUGAGACUGCAUCCAAUGUUGCGACACUUUCGCAGGCUGGCUACGCCGUCGGCUUGUUAUUUGUCUGCCCGCUUGGCGACAAAGUGCGCCGAAGACCCUUUGUCCUCACGUUAAUCUGGGCAACGGCGACUGUGUGGCUUGGCUUGUGCCUCACCAACAAUUUCAAUGCCUUUAUUGGACUGUCCUUUAUAUGUGGCGUUGGAACCGUAACGCCACAGCUGAUGCUUCCACUAGUUGGAGACUUGGCUCCUCCGCAUAGGCGCGCAAGCUCGCUCUCUAUUGUUGUCUCGGGGCUUGCACUUGGCAUGCUGAUUGCCAGGGUCUUGUCGGGUAUCUUGGCUAAUUUCACCUCUUGGCGGAACAUAUACUGGCUGGCAUUUGGGGCUCAGUACAUGAUACUUAUUCUACUGUUCUUUUUCCUUCCGGACUACCCAGCAAAGGAUCCUGGCCUUCCCUACUUUCAGUUGUUGUGGGACAUCAUCACAAUGGUAGUCAAAGAGCCACUGUUGUUGCAAGCCUGCCUAACCGGAUAUCUGUUGAGCGCAGCGUUUACCUCCUUUUGGACGACUCUCACAUUCCUCCUCGCUUCGCCGCCCUACAAUUACUCGUCUCUAGAAAUUGGUUUCUUUGCCUUUAUUGGCAUUGCCGUCAUCACACUAGGUCCACUCUGGUCGCGACUGAUCACGGACCGCUUCGUGCCGCUCUUCAGCGUCAUUCUAGGCCUGUCGCUCGAAUUCGUCGGCAUUGUCAUUGGCACCUUUAUCGGCAAGUUCACCGUCGCGGGGCCCAUUGUGCAGGCCAUCACCAUGGACACGGGCGCCAACUUUGCCCACACGGCCAACCGCACCAAUGUCUACACCCACCUCGACCCCAAGAAGCGGAACCGCGUCAACACGGCCUACAUGGUCUUUAGUUUUGCCGGCCAGCUGACGGGCACCGCCGUCGGCAACCGGCUGUAUGCCCGCGGCGGCUGGACCUGGAGCGGCGGGUGCAAUAUUGCCUUUAUCGGCUUUGCCAUUGUCUUGUGCUUUCUCAGGGGCCCGCACGAAAAGGGUCUGGUCGGCUGGGGAGGCGGCUGGAGCGUUAGGAAAGAUGUGGCCAAGAAGGAAAAGGACGAGGAAAACGGCAAUAGUACCAGCCCAACGCCGAAUCAGGAGCAAAUGGCCGAGGAAGCCCAGACUUCUGCACCGCAAAAUCCCCCGGCAGAUGGGCACGAGGACAAGAAGUGA